AUGCUAGCUUCUACAACUUCACCUAGUGAUUUUAUUUAUCGCAGGCCUCAAGAUACACCUGCUACUUCACCUACACCGGAGGAUAUAGCCAUGAGGCCUGAGGCGCCUACAAAAGUAACCGGCACAAAAUCCCUACCAGUCACUGCUGCUGAAUGGGAAGCCGCCAACGCCAAAUCAUUACCGUUAUCACCCGGGGAAUGCUCGUGUCCUCCUCCACGUAUGAUCAAGGCCGAGCCAGGCACACACUCGCCUACGUCCCUAACCCAGCAUCCGCCCUGGCUAUCCCCACCAUCCGGGCACAGCCCAGAUUCUACACUUCCUCAUUCCUCCGCCUCCAUCUCAACGCCAACAGACAAUCUCAAUCGCGCCUCUUCGCUAGCCGCCUCUUCCAGCCGUACCGUCAGCAUCCCCAGCAACAGCAACAGCAGCAGUAGUAGUAGCACGCGGCGCUUCGUAAACAUCUGCGCGGCGAUACGCGCCGUCCACGACAUAUGUCUGCAGUCGACGCGGACGUACAUCGACACACACAUCGCGAACCGGAGGGCCAGGGCAGCUAGUCAGGGGUGGUCUACGGUUUGCCGCGAUAGCGGCAGCGGCAGCGGCAGUGGGAGCAGGAGCAGUCGUACUGGCAGCCAUAGCAACAGCACCACCCACACCGCCAUCCCGCCAUCUACCCCUUCCCUCCUACUCAACACAAGCAGCAUCUGCAGCAUGCUCUGGUCCGGCUCCCAGCGCGACCGCCUGCACGUCCUUAACGUCGAGCGCCUGGCCAUCGAGACUAUGGGCCGGCUCAUGCGCUGGGCGGAAACCGUAACACUAGGCGAGUGGGACGAGUGGCAGGGCGCUGAGGAGCAGACUCUGUGGCAGGUGCUGGAAGCGGGGAGGCAUCUGUGCGACUGGCUGGGCGUCCCGGAUGCGAUACAGGCCAUGGAAGUGCUGGAAUGUGAGGUUUUGGGAGAGUAUGGGAUUUCCUAG